ACACCGUCUAGGAGAAGUGAUUCCGUGACUGCGGCUACCGCAAUUUCAGCAACAUGGAGGGUGUUUUGUUCAUUCUUGCUGAGGAAUUUUAGGAGGCGGUGGGAAAAUGGCAGAGAGGUUGGAGUGGGUGGAGAUCAUUGAACCCCGCACCAGGGAGCGCAUGUAUGCCAACCUACUGACAGGCGAGUGUGUGUGGGACCCCCCGCAGGGAGUUUGCAUCAAGCGGACUGGUGAAAAUCAGUGGUGGGAACUAUUUGACCCCAACACUUCUCGCUUCUACUACUACAAUGCCUCCACCCAGCGAACAGUGUGGCACAGGCCUCAAGGAUGUGACAUCAUCCCGUUAGCCAAGCUUCAGACCCUGAAGCAGCACACAGAUGCCAUUAAUCCCCGCUCUACUGCUGGGGGAGAAGGGAGAGGAUCUGCGGACAACAGCCCAGGACGUAACAGCGGGGUCAGUCGAGAAGGAAGCACUUCCUCCUCCCUGGACCAGGAGUUUUGUGAAAAGCAGAGCAGCAAAGAUGAGGUAGAGAGGACUUCUUUCCGCUGGAAUACUGGUACAAAGGAGCGGAUGCUCAUCAAGGUGACAGACAGGGAGCCCAGCUUUUUGACUCAUCAAGGAAAUGGCUACUCACUCUGUGAAUCCCCAUCCCCUGGAGGAGGUAACACCUUUCGAAAUCGCCAUUCAUCUGGAGGAAACCCCCCCUCAGAACCAAAUGGCUCACCUGUUCUCUACUCUGACCGUCGUCAGUCUCCAUAUCUGAAACGGGCCGAGCUGGGCAGCAGUGGAACCCACCGCCGCCCCUCCACUGAGUCCCAACCUCCAUCACCCCGCUACGCCUUUGAGCCCCCCCUGUAUGAGGAACCUCCAUCUGAUUUUAAGCCACCACCCAUCUAUGAAGAGCCACCUAUUGACAUGAACCUCUCAGACUCAUCUUCCCGUUAUGGUACAAACAAAUCACCAUCCCGGAAGUCUCCAGCUCCCUUCUACCACUCCCCCAAGCAGAGCCAAUCGUCCUAUGGUCAACUGGUUCUGACGAGGCAAAAAUGUCCAGAAAAAGCUCAGAGCCUGGAGUACAGUCCUGUAGGAAAGGAAUAUGUCAAGCAGCUGGUGUACGUGGAACAGUCAUCUUCCAGUCCACGCUUCAAGACUGCUGACCGUCUACAGCGUUAUGGUACUAAUGGAGGCUUUGGUGGAUCAUUUGGAGGGUCCUAUACUCUGCAGCAUAGCCAGUCUCUGAUUAGAGAUCCCCGCCAACUUUUGGACUAUCGUGGAGAGGGAGGAGAAGGAUCUCAAAGGUUUAUCUUUGAAGACUCCAUUUCCUGGACAUCUAGUCAGACUCACUCACUGUCCUCCUCCUCUACAGCUGGACCUGGUGGUUUCUCCCCAAGUGGCAAUCGUAAACGCAAGAGCCGCAAGCCAUCCCUCCCCCAGGAGCUGGGACGCUGCGGGAAAGAGGAGCUCCCAGGCACAGGAUCAGAGGUCAUGCUGGCCCAGGCCAGGCUGGCAUGGGAAGCCCAGCAGGUCAUGAGACAGAGGAGCAGUUGGGACUCUGGUCAGGGAGGAGGAGUAACCCACUGCAGUGGCUCCAAAGACGGAUAUGAAAGCGAUGGAGCAGUACCUCUGCCACUACCAGGACCUGUGGUAAGGGCGUUCAGUGAGGAUGAGGCACUAGCCCAGGGCGAUGGUCACCACUGGAAACGCAGUACCUUUGACCGUUUGGGGUUCUCUCAGGCACUGCUGGAGAAAAGCCUCUCUGUCCAGACCAACCUGGCUUCCCCUGAACCAUACCUGCACCCUUCCCAGUCGGAGGAUCUUGGAGCCUGUGCCCAGUUUGAAGCCAGUCGAAAUGCCAGGAAUAUGAUGCCAAGUGCAAGCUGUGGCAUAUUCACAGAAUUUAGCUUGAGAAAGCCCUCCUCAGAGACUGACAUUGAAAACUGGGCAUCCAAGCAUUUCAACAAACACACACAGGUACUACUCAAUUUAAUAUUGUUGAUGAAAAACUUAACUUACUGGACUGAUGUCACACCAAAGUCUGCCGCAGUUGUGUCGGUCUUUGAGAAGAGUCUAGGUAGCAAUUCUGGAAGUUACACCCACAAUAAGUCUUUCAGCACCACUGCUAGGAAUAAGGUGAAUAAAGAUAAGAGCCUGUCUUUAACCAGACAGCUUCCUGGCUUUCUCUUUCAGGUGGUGGUGCGGGGGUGGAGUAACCAGGGUCUCCGUGAUGAGCUCUACAUCCAGCUGUGCCGUCAAACUACAGAGAACUUCCGGUAUGAUAGCCUGGAGCGUGGUUGGGAGCUGAUGGCCAUCUGCUUAGCUUUCUUUCCUCCCACUCCCCGUUUCCACACCUACCUGGAGGGUUAUAUCUACAGACACAUGGACCCAGUUAAUGACACCAAAGGAGUUGCCAUUAGCAGCUACGCCAAAUACUGCUACAGGAAACUGAUGAAAGCUGCUUUGACUGGAGCCAAAAAGGGGCUCCAGAAACCCUCUCUUGAGGAAAUCCAGCAUGCCAGGAAUGCCAUAUUUAGUCCAUCCAUGUUUGGCUCUUCAUUAGAGGAAGUAAUGGUGCUUCAGAAGGAGCGAUAUCCAGACCGCCAGCUGCCCUGGGUCCAGACCCGUCUCUCUGAAGAGGUUCUGGGUCUCAAUGGAGACCAAACAGAGGGCAUUUUCAGGGUCCCAGGGGACAUAGAUGAAGUUAAUGCUCUAAAGCUGCAAGUUGAUCAAUGGAAAAUUCCCACAGGACUGGAAGAUCCACACAUCCCAGCUUCUUUGUUGAAACUCUGGUACCGGGAACUGGAAGAGCCGCUGAUCCCUCACGAGUUCUAUGAGGAGUGUAUCAGUAGCUAUGACAACCCAGAGGCUGCUGUCAAUGUGGUUUUGGGCCUGCCACACAUCAACAAGCUGGUACUCUGCUACCUCAUUCGCUUCCUACAGGUUUUUGCCCAACCUGCCAAUGUAGCCAUUACCAAGAUGGAUGUGAACAACUUGGCCAUGGUCAUGGCUCCUAACUGUCUACGUUGCCAGUCAGAUGACCCCAGGGUGAUCUUUGAGAACACCCGUAAAGAGAUGUCCUUCAUUCGGGUGCUCAUCCAGCAACUAGACACCAGCUUCAUGGAUGGGAUCUUAUAGCGCCCCCUACAGCUGUUCAGUGACAUACAGCCUCUCCUGUGCUCCCUUUAACCUGCUCCCUGCUCCCUCCCACAGCACAGGGACACCAUACAUUCAAAUCGUUGCUGUUGGUGAAUACUUGGCAAGUUCAUGUUUACUUUGACGACAAAACCUGCCUUGAUUUGAGUUUGGCUGCUUUACAUUUUGAGUUAUAUCAGCUGUUUCUAUUUCUGUGAAUUUGGUCCAGCUGUAAUAUUGCAUAUACACCACCAAUGUUUGGUUGGAGUUUGCUGAACAUAACAGUACUGUGUGUGCCUUCACAUCCAUUACUACACUAUACACAUUCAGCUUGAAGAUUUCUGCAGGGAUCUCAUCAUUACAUAAAUUUCUCUUUCACAUCUGCAGACCUCUGGUUAAUUGUAAGUUUUGUAUGAAGUUAUUUUCACUUUCUGUUGCCUGGCUUAAAUAGACAUUCACUGUCAAUUGCACACUUCCAUACAAGUCUGCAGUAAUGCCAUUUGAUCAAGAGGAGUGUUCUUCAGUGAAAUGAAAGAAUUAGUGCAUGUUUAUCAGACAUUCCACUAAUGGAUCACACUUCAUGGGAGAAACAGCUUCAUCAACAUGGUUUUCUCUGUUUUUGUCAUCAUUAUGACUCCCACUAAACCUAAUAGGAGCUAAGUACUCUGUAAUGGAAUACAUUUCUUCAUUUGUGAUCUUGCCUGAAGAUGAACAGAAAAUCAGGUAAAACCAUGGUUUCAUACCUGUAGACACAGAGGAACAUCAUGCUGAAGAAGAUGGAGCCCCGUUUUGAUUACAGGGCGAUGAUGUUUACUCUACUCUGGAUUUGGAGAAUUUUCAUAAUGAUCCAAGGUUUAUGAAGACAGGCUGUUCUCUCUCUGCAGUUUUGCUGUUUAGGGGCAGCUUGAGUUCAAUUCCUUUAAAUGGCACAAAGUGAUUCAAAAGCUUGAUUCCAGCAGGUAUGGAUGCUCCACACUCACCGGCCACUUUAUUAGGUACACCUGUCCAACUGCUCAUUAACGCAAUUGUUGAAUCACUUGGCAGCAACUCAAUGCAUUUAGGCAUGUAGACAGCAGCAGAAGACCACACCGGGUGCCACUCCUGUCAUCUAAGAACAGGAAACUGAGGCUACAAUUCACACAGGCUCACCAAAACUGGACAAUAGAAGAAUGGAAAACAUCGUCUCCAGAAACAGUCGGAUUGUAGGGUCAGAAUAUGGUGUCAACAACAUGAAAGCAUGAAUCCAUCCUGCCUUCUAUCAGUGGCUCAGGCUGCUGGUGGUGCAAUGGUGUGGAGGAUAUUUUCCUGGCACACUUUGGGUCCAUUAGUACCAAUUGAGCAGUGUGUCAACGCCACAGCCUACCUGAGUAUUGUUGCUGACCAUGUCCAUCCCUUUAUGACCACAGUGUACCAUCUUCGUUAUCCAGCAGGAUAACGCACCAUGUCAUAAAGCGUGAAUCGUCUGACUGGUUUCUUGAACACAACAAUGAGUUCACUGAACUCCAAUGGCCUCCAUAGUCACCAGAUCUCAAUCCAUCUUUGGGUUGUGGUGGAACGAGAGAUUCACAUCAUGGAUGUGCAGCCGACAAAUCUGGAGCAACUGUGUGAUGCUAUCAUGUCAAUAUGGAUCAGACUCUGAGGAAUGUUUCCAGUACCUUGUUGAAUCUAUGCCAUGAAAGCGUUAUGGUAGUUCUGAAGUUAAAAGGGGUCCAACCCGGUACUAGCAAGGUGUAAUUAAUAAAGUGGCCGGUGAGUGUAUAAUAACGUCUUUGUUCUGUAACAUUUGCACAAGUAUCAGGUUUGCCGUGAGUUUAAUUUCAAGAGUUUUUUUAAUACUUGAAUUGCUCCUCUCCCCAGACCAAGUUGCUGGUUGUGACUGACCAGCAGGACCAAGCAAAGAGCUCUGAUCUGCCUAAAGCUGAGCAGCUUUAGUUUUGUCCUUCUGAUUCAGUUAAUAAUUGUUGUUACUAAGCAGACCAGUAAAUAUGCCCUCAAAUUUAGCAGAGCUAUCAUCAUCAGUGAGACUUGCUGGAUCAAAAGCAGCAUUGUUGGUGCCCUAGGUUUUUCUGCACGUUUUAUAAUAGACGGACAACGUUUGAAUUGACUGUGUCUGUGAUUUUCCCCCAAACUGCUCACUGAAGUCUUUCACUUCAUCUGUGCAGUGCUGAUCAAGUGCUAAUGGCUUUCACUUUGACUCCAUAACACAUGGUUCUAGGAUGCAAGUUGCUCUCAGAGCCUUGUGUUCUGCAGAAUGGGGUUAUCAGAAUGAAAUCUUCACAUCUAUUGACUCUGCUAAAAUGAACUUUGACUAUCGAUCAGCUCCCCAGAAGCUGUGAACUACAGAUCCAUGGAGGAUUUAUAUCACUGCCAGUAAACCCCUCCUUGAAUGCUAUUGGCUACUUUGGGAAUUGAGUACUUUGGAAGCAGGAACUGAGACACCAGAGCCCAAAGAGAAUCCGUCUAACAUUUCCACUCAGCCCAGACAGGCCUUUCAGCUCACUAGUGAUUAAUCAGUGUGUGCAUGUGUUCAUUUGUCUUUGCUUAGAAGACAUCUAGUACUUCCAUUCAGUCUUUGCGUAAACAAUGGUGUAUUUGUUUGAAAUAUUUUCUAUAUUUAACAGUUUGUUUUUAACCGAUUCUUUUAUAAAUAAUUUAUUUAUAUUUAUUUCAGAUUUUUCUAAUGCCUUUGACAUGCUGUAUUGUAGACUUAAGUGUGUAUGUUGGGUAUUGUGUGUGUGUGUAGGACUGUGUAAUUCUCAACAUGCAGGGUGCAUACACAUUACCAUCGUUGGCCGACUGUGAGCAAACAGAACAGCUGAUGACUUUAUGAUCAGGCAUAUGAUGAAAGUUAUAUUUAUCCCUUUAUUUAAAGUGAGUCCCUGAAGACAGAAAACAGUGUGCAUUGUACUAGCCUAAGUAGUUUCUCAAUUAUAAAAAUCCAGUUGUCUAUAAUUUGCUAUAUAUAAUCUUCCUUAUAUCAAGUUAACACUAAAGUUAAUGUAAAAAAUGUGAAAACUGGUUGCAUGCCGUUUAAGGAUUCGCAUUGCAUAAAAUGCUGCAUUAACUUUCUUGUUGAAGGGGAGAAUUUUAACGGCCACCUGAAAUGAAAGGCCAGAUGGGCGCAGCCAUAUUCACCCCUUAAGAUUAUUACUUGUUACCAGGUUUGUGUUUGACACACAGCUUAUCAUUCAGAUACACACUUUAUAUGUGAAUCCAUAAUGUGUAGGCUGCAACAGAUGCCCCAUCUCUGCUAAAUGUAAAUGCUCCUCACAUUGAUUGAGGACUAGAAGAACCAAUCUAAAUCCAUGCUAUGUCAGCGGUCCAGUAGUAAGUAGAUAUCCACACUGAACAGUUUUGGAUAAAACCUUCCUUUGGGUUUGUGCUGUGGACAUUUCAGAUGUUCUCCAUGUCAAUGACACCCACAUGACCAGAGGCGACACUGCAGUGUUUUCUGUAUCACACUGUCUCACUACUUCAAACAAGUCAGUCAGCUUGAUUUAUGUUUGGUCCAUCAGGCUCCAAUGUAGUUUGUUAUAUUGCUAAACAAUUUUGGAAUAUUUUUAUUGGUUUGGUAAGCCUGUGUUCUAUGAAGACAUUUUGCCUGUGGGAGCUUCAGAGAUGGCUGAGCUAUUGUGAUGUGGCAGUGUGAAUGUUUGGUGUUUUUUUUAAUGCGACAGAUUAAACAACCGAUUAGCAUGUUCAUAGGGUCACUCUUGUCCUAAGCUGAAAUUUAUUACAAUGUGACAAAGAAAACAAGGUAAAAUCAUAAUUAAAGCGAUCUUUAAACAAACUUAAAAAAAAUACAGCAGUCUUAAUCUAUGUUUUGGAUCCUUUUUUCCUACUUAGUUUGUACUUACGAUGAAUUGGUAGUUGUGUCAAUGCUUAUUGUCUAACAUGGCCAUACCACCUUAUUGUCAGUCUCCCAGUUGUACGUUAAUGUCCACUGUCACACACAAGCACACACCUUAUCAGAGACAUCUCUGGAGGUGUAAUGUUUAAUAAACAUUCAAACGACAAA